UGCGCCCGGAUCACCACGGAGACAUCGUCCGGACAGAGGCGGAGGACAGGAGCAUGUAACCGGGAGAAACGCACCGGCGGCGGCGGCGGCGGCUCCACCUGACUCUUCCCUCCCUCUUUCCUUGCACAAUCGUCCUCACAAUUUGAGGCUGUUGGAUGCAUUGACUGGAUUCUCGGUUUGGAUUUUUUUUAAUAUCUUCAGCUAAAAUGAGCGAGGAAACGUCAGAGGUGCCCAAAGAGCUUCUGGAGAGCGUGAGGGACGCAGUGGGCAGGAAGGUGAAGUUGUCACUGAGGAAGAGAGUCAAACUGGAGAUCAAAGGAGACAAGAUGGAGAACAGAGUACUGGCUCUGGCGUCUCACCGAGCUUACCUCCUGACGGCACGCAUCCCCGCCAAGGUGGAACACUCCUUUAAUUAUCUGGAGAUUCAGGGAAUUGCCUGCAACAAGCCAACACAGCUGUCUAUAGAGUACGAACGCGGCUGCUUCUCUCUGAAGCUGCCGUCCACAGAGGAGGUCAAUGACGUGGUGGCUCACAUAGGAAACUGUCUGCUCAGGAUAUGUCCUGGUCUGCCUCCAAGUAAAGUGAUGAAGAAGCUUUGCAUGGAGCCUCCAGACCGGCUGCCCUCUCUGCAGACUCUAUGGGAGAACAACAAGCCUGCUGAACCUGGACCCUGCGGUGGGUUUUCUCAGAUGUACAGGUGUGUUUGUGACUGGUUGGGGCUGCCGUACAGAGAAGAGGUGCAGUGGGAUGUAGACACCAUCUAUUUGACGCAAGACACCAGAGAACUCAACCUGCAGGACUUCAGCCACCUGGAGAACAGGGAUCUGGUCGCUAUCAUCGCAGUCCUGGAGUUUAACCAGUGGUUCACCAAGCUCUCCACCAAGGAUUACAAACUGUCUGCAGAUGUGUGCGAGCAGAUCCUUCGUGUGGUGUCCCGAUCCAGUCGACUGGAGGAGCUGGUUCUGGACAACGCAGGACUCAAAACAGAUUUUGCCCAGAAGCUGGCUGCUGCUCUGGCCCACAACCCCAGCUCAGGGCUCACCACCAUUAAUCUGGCCAACAACCCGCUGGAGGACAGAGGUGUUUCCUCGCUGGGUGCUCAGUUUGCCAAACUCCGUAUGGGGCUCAAGCAUUUAAACUUCUCCAAAACCUCAUUGUCACCCAAAGGGGUGAACAGCCUUUGCCAGUCACUGAGUGCCAACCCGUCCAUCCCCAGCAGCCUCGUCCAUCUGGACCUCUCAGGGAACAUGCUCAGAGGAGACGACAUGCAGCAUUUCUACCACUUCCUCGGUCAACCCAACAGCCUGGCGACCCUUGACCUCUCCAACACUGACUGCUCAUUGGACCAGGUUUGCUCGGCUCUGCUGCGAGGAUCGGCCCAACAUCUCUCUGUUCUCAACAUGUCAAAGAGUGUCUUCCCUCACAGGAAAGGUAAAGAGGUUCCUCCUUCGUUCAAGCAUUUCUUCAGCAGCGCCGAGUCUCUCAGCUCCAUCAACGUGUCAGGAACCAAGCUGCCGCCGGAGGCCCUCAAAGCUCUGCUGCUCGGUCUGGCCAGUAACCCCAAUCUGAAGGAUGUGUCUGUGGACCUCAGCUGCUGCGAGCUGCGCUCUGGAGGUUCUCAGAUCCUUGAAGGUUGCAUUGCUGAGAUCCCAAACAUCUCCAGCCUGGAUAUCUCUGAUAAUGGACUGGACUCGGAUCUGUCCACUCUGCUGGUUUGGUUGGCGAAGAAUCGCUCCAUCAGACACCUGUCUCUGGGCAAGAACUUCAACAACAUCAAGUCCAAAAACCUCGCUCCAGUGUUGGACAGCCUGGUUCACAUGAUUCAAGAGGAGGAGUCGCCCCUCACCUCUCUGUCUCUGGCCGACUCCAGACUGAAGAGUGAUCUGACCAUCGUUCUGAACGCUCUCGGCAGCAACUCUUCGCUCACCAGACUGGACAUCAGCGGGAACGCUAUGGGGGACAUGGGGGCCAAGAUGCUGGCCAAAGCCCUGCAGAUCAACUCCAAACUCAGGACUGUGAUCUGGGAUAAGAACAACACCAGCCCUCAGGGUCUGCAGGAUGUAGCAGCUGCUCUGGAGAAGAACUUCACCAUUCGGUUCAUGCCCAUCCCCAUCAUCGAUGCCUCGCAGGCUCUGAAGGCGAGUCCUGAGAAAACAGAGGACGCCCUGCUGAAGAUUGAGAAUUAUUUGUACAGGAACCACGAAACCAGAAAAUACCUUCAGGAACAGGCCUAUCGGCUGCAGCAGGGCAUCGUGACCACAACCACACAGCAGAUGAUUGACAGGAUCUGUGUGAAGGUGCAGGAUCACCUGAACUCUCUGAGGAACUCUGAGACAGACGUCAUUGUGGAAGAUGUCAGGUCAGCAGAGAACCUCAUCAAGGAUGCCAGAAACUCUAAAACGCUGCUUCCCAACCUCUACCACCUGGGAUCAGCAUCCAGAGAGGAGGUGAACAGCUCAUCAGUGGGUCCCAUCCAGGAGAAACUGGAGUCCAUGGCUGGAGAGGUGACCACUGUCAUGGACCAACAACUGCAGACUCUGUUGGAAUCUAUGGUGGACACAGCAGAGUCUCUGUGUCCUCAUGUGAUGAAGAGGAGUAAUCUUCGUCCAGAGCUAAUGAAGGCCAGUUCAUCCAAGAUGGUUGUUCCUAAAAGCUUUGUUGCCAAAACCCUCCUGGAGCAGUCUGGGGUGGAUAUUAUCAACAAGAUCAGUGAGGUGAAACUGAGUCUAGCAUCCUUUCUGUCAGAUCGCAUUGUUGAUGAGAUUUUGGAGGCUCUCUCCACAUCUCAACACACACUGGCAGACCAUCUGGUCCGCCGAGGCCGCCCUCUGAUGCAGCAGGAGUCGGUGGAUCUCGACGUCCCGGAGGAGAAGAUUCCUAAACGGGCAUCGACCGAGAUACUGGAGGCCGAGAGGCUCGAAGAUCUGGAAACAUGUAUGAUGACUCCUAAAUCCAAAAGGAAAAGCAUCCAUAGCAGAAUGCUGCGGCCAGUGUCCCGUGCCUUCGAGAUGGAGUUUGACCUUGACAAGGCCCUGGAGGACGUCCCCCUUCACAUGGAGGACUCUUCAGCAUCUUCUCACACUCCGCCUACUCCAUCUUUGGUCCAUCUCAAGCUGGAGCAUCGUCCUUCAGGAGGAAUGGUAGAGCUGCCAUCUGAAGAAGAGAAAAAGCUGCAGCACUUCACCAAACUACGACCGCGGAGGAACAAAAAAACACAUUCCAGCAAAGUACCUCAAAUCAGCAGCACUGCAUCUCAAGAUGGGGAACAGAACGGCCUCAUGGGAAGAGUGGACGAGGGAGUGGAUGAGUUCUUCUCUAAAAAAGUCACCAAGAUGGAUUCCAAACGUUCCAAGGGUUCAGACUCUCAGGAUGGAGAGAAGAAGAAGAGUAAAGGAGGAUUUCUAAACCUCAUCAAACGAUCUUCCAAAUCUGAUAAAUCAGACAAAUCGGAUAAGUCAGAGAAAAACCAGGCGGCCGCGGCAUCCUCUGGUCCAUCUUCCGCCUCUGGAGUCUCUGCAGCUGCAUCCAGCAUCCCCGAGGAGCCGUCCUCUCCAAAGGUGGCAGUGAAGAGUCCGGCACCGGAGCCAAAGUCAAGAGACGCCUCCAGUCGCUCUCAGCCCACCGACUACAGCAGCAGCUCGGAUCGGUCCGAGGAACUGAGGACACCAGACUCCAUAGAUGAACCCUGGGAGGGUUCAGACGGCAGGGGGAGUCCUCAGGGAGGGAGGCGGUACCCCGGGGUGCAGAUGAUGGGCAGCGGCCUGCUGGCAGAGAUGAAGGCCAAGCAGGAGAGGAGAGCACACAAGUCUUCCAGCCCUGACAGACCUGACAGCAAUGCAACAGCCAAGCCGCAGAGCACCGCAUCAGAAAGCAGGUCUCCCGGUGGUUCCUUCAACAAACCGGACCCUGCCUCUCCAGAAAAGACGUCACCACGUGGUGAGACUAAGCCUGAUCCUGCUCCUCGCAUCAGAGCCACAUCCUCCUCCAGCUCCCCCGGAGGACCAGUGAGCCCCAAACCACCGGUGCCACAGGGAGCGAAGCCAGCUCUGGCUGCUCGACCCACGAUCCCGCAGAAGCCGAGGACCACGAGCAGCAGUAGGAGCAUCGACGAGAGCUCAGAUUCACCCUGCAGCGGCAGCUUGUCUCCGAAAGUCACUGUUCUCCCUCCGACACUGAAGAGGGCGCUAUCAGAGAAAGACAAGGAGUCGGGAGUCUCCAGCAACAAAACCACUCAGGAAGUGAGGUCGGACUGUGUUCAGCGAUCCACCAACUCUGAGGAUCACGGCUCUGUCAAGACCAAAGAACAAGGUCUGAAUCCAGACAAGGACAAGGCAGCGCGUAAGAAGUCCUCGGACUCUGGAGAGGAGGUGGACAAAGACUUUAUUUUAAUAUGAGCAAGACACAUUUUUUUACAGCUAAAGCCUGCUGACAAAGCCUCACAUUUUCCUUUAGAAAAGCAGCUAAAGGGGAAUAUAAUUACGAUUUCAUUUCUAUUAGUUUGUCUGUGUAGGUCCUGUCUGACCGCAGAGUACAAACGCCAUUUCAAAUUCAGUUUUAGUUUGAUUAUGUGUGAUGAAACUGUCGAUGGAUGUUAACACGUUAUGUCACCUGAACCAAAACUGUGCUGAUUCUCAGAAGAGCUUCCUCCUCACAAACAGCCUUUACUCUGGAUCUGCUCCACCUUGUUCUUUCAAGGAAAAAAAAAAAAAACUAAUUCAGGGUUGGAGGAAAUGGGUCACUGGUUGAUCGAGCUCAUUCAGUGUGUGAAUGGUGAAACCUGAAUUUAAGUUUGUAAACCGGCUAAAAAUGAGACAUUUCAGAAAACAGCAGCAAGACUGUGAAGCUGAGUUACAUCUAAAAUCACUUCCUUUAACUGAUAACUUUCUGUUUGGAGCUCUGCUCCCAGGGACCAAACGCUCAAUAACAGUUACACCAGGAUACUGUUCUGUACUUGAAGUCAAACUUACUACCAGACCAGGACCCAGCUGCAUUUCUUUCCUUCAGUAUAUUCGUAUAGAUUUUACUAUAUGCUAUUUUCUGUAAGUUUUCCGGGCCUUCAGAGGCGACUGAAUCCAUUAUAUGCAAUUCAUCUUUCUUUACAGGAAUAAACAGGUUUCAGCUGAGAAUCUCGGCACAGACAGACAUCAGAAAUAUUCAGUUGAUGUAGCUUUUCUAGCAGGAAUAUUUUGACUUAUCCACAGGAGGACUAGCUGGACUCUUCAUAGCUGGAGACUCCAUCAAACACUGCGACUGCACUCAAGUGACCAUGUGAUGCUUUGACUGCGGUAAACUUUACCUUCACUGAUCAUCAGUAUGGCUUCAGCACUGUUAACUAACACUGUUUGUAUUCAGACACUGUGGAGAAACACCUGUUGUUAUAAUAUGCGGUUCAUGGGGAUCAAAGAGGAGUAUUUAUGUGUCUUUAUGUGUAAUACAGAGUGUGAUUUUAAACUUCUGGGACCAUUUUGCUUCAGUGUAAUUUGGUCAAACCAAGUCUGUCAACAGUUACAUUUUUGGCGAGUCUUCCUGAGAACAAAUCAAUACAAGAUAAAGGCAGCAUAGCAAGCUGUUUUCACUUUGAUUAGCAAAGUCUGAAUAAAAAUUACUUGAUUUUGACCAGUCUUAAUUCCACUGUGAGCAGUCACAACAGCCAUAUUGGCAGGCAUAUCUGUGAUUCAGUUUUAAUUGAGUAAAAUCAUCAAAAAUGUCAUUUUAACUAGUCAGAAUAUUUGUGAAUGAUGCUGCUCAUGCAAGACUUCCCAUUGGAUAUUGGCCCCACAAAGCAUUUGAAGAUUCAGUUAUUAGAAAAUUGCGGUUUAAGAUCUCAUCAGCGAGAAAUCUGCGAACAAUGAGAGUUUUGUCAUUAGAUAUUUGUCAUCAAAAUUUACCAGAACUUUUGCUCCAGGCUGCUCUGACCUGGCGGUAAAAUAGUUUAAAGUCGUAUUUAAAAGUCAACACACCCCUGCUUCUAAGUACAGAUUAAUGCAAUGUCAUUUCUCUAAUCUAACAAACCUGUAAUUACAUGUUUUACAAGGCAAAAUUCCAGUUAAGGAUAUCUGCUACACCACCAAUUCCAGUUCAGUUCCAACAUCAAUUCAAACUUAAUUUAAGAUAUCUAAAAAGGACAAUAUAGACAUCUUUAAUUACAGUUAUAAACCAGUCAGAAUUCAACUAUGCAUAUCUGAAACUGGAAUUAUAGUUAUACGUAAUUCAGCUGCAUAUUCACAUCACGGAUUUUUGUAAAUGUAGAAACAAACCUCCUCCACGUAAACAGUGAAUGUGAUGUCAUUAGUCCUGGAAAGAAUGAUGUUGCGAAUAUCUGGAAUAUUCUUUUCAGGCAGGAAGAACUGAAUCACAGACAUCUGCAACUCACAUCCAGUCUUGCUACGAAAUGUGAAAACAGCCCGUCUUAGUCCAGUGACUCCAUUGAGUUUUUUUCAAAUUCAGCAAAUUCUUCCUCAGGAACGUAUCUUGCCGCUAAAAGAAAACCACAAUCUGAUGUUCAUCAGAAAUAAGAAGCAAGAGGGAUGGUAAAUCUAGCACAUGCUAAGGAGCUAAAUAUCAACAAUCUUUCUUAAGAAUCACAGACUUCAGCUUUGAGCCAAUCUGAGACUCUGAAUUGCACUUAAAGACACAUGAGUCUUCACUUCCAGUAACACACUAAUGCUAGAUUAAUAUUCCACUGGUGUAUCAAUGGUUCAGUGUAAACCAGAACUUAUGUCAAAAAGAGGAGUAUCAGAAGAUAAAUUUUAUUUUCGUAGAAUGAGCCAGACAAUAACUUCAUCAGGUUGUGUGAAAGCAGGACACUGAAAGCACUCUUCUUUCUCAGCAUCUCCUAAAAUUUCGUUCAUUUCUUUCCCCACAGAAUUAGACAUUUCUUGAGUGUUCUGCUUAUAUUUGGCAGUCAUGUUUCCUGUGGUAAAAAAGAAUGCAGUGUCUGCAGUGAGAGUGAACUGACAGUAGCUGUAUUUUGACCACAUGGACCUCUGGGUUUCAACAUCAACGUGGGUCUCAGGCUGAUUCCUCUCCUUUAUCUUUUCUUAGAGCAAAAAAAAAAAGCCCUUUUCACACUGCUGUACAGUUUGCACCGGAUACUCAAAAUUGCGUUGUAUUUAAAUGCAUUCCUCUGACAAAUAGCAAAAAAAAAAGGUCUGUCGUCUCUACCCAAACCAUAGGAUUGUUUUCUUUGAUACAGGAUCAUGCAAUUUUACAAACAUAGCGCAUAUAGUUUAGAAAUAUAGUCAUUCUGCUGCAUUCAUGUCAUACUGUAGUUAUCUUCAAGUCCCUUCCCUCUUUGAUUUAACGCCUAAAAACUCAUCUUUAUGUGUCAAAAAUACACAUUUAGGAAUUUUUCUGUGGAAAAAAAAAACCAACAAUCCCUUCAUGCCUUAAAGUGGUUUGGAUGUAACUCUGCACCAUCGUGCCGAUUUGUCCCUGCCAGCUCGAGCACACCAGCUCACCUGGACAUCUGCUCAGACACUAUAACAAUCAACAUUACACAAGUUGUAAUACUGGAGUAAUUCAGCCACACGUGUUAGGAAACAGAUUCUAAAAAAGAACAAACAUACAGAAAGCGUCACCCUGCAAGCUAACAAGAUGUUUCCUCAGGUUUGUUGCAUAUAAACGAUCAUCAGUACACUGCAGUUUUAAGGUACAACUGCUUCUUUCGCUCAUUAUGCAUCUUCCAGCAUUUAAAAAAACACCAUAUGUUAUAAUGAAGGAUGGAGGAUAAACCCAGAUUUCCUGGACUUGGUGCUAUAUUCUCUGUUCUCCUCUGCAGCUGUCUUGAGCUCUACAAUCCUCACAUAUGACAUGAAUGCAGCAUUAUACUCAUCAAAGUGAUUUUCUAUUAUACCAGCUUUAACCACUUUUGCUUUCGCUAGUUUGGUGCCAAACUGUACUCCAACCAUACUUUUAGAUGUGCACUAGAUGUUGGGUCGUCAGUGUGAAAAGGGCACAGCUUCUAUUUUUAGUACUGUACAAGAGUAACUGAAGUCAGGGCCAAAGCUCUUCCUGGUGCACCUUCUCCUACUUGAUGCUAUCUGCUGAUGUCUUUCUGCAGGUUGGACUUUGCUUCUUUGUCACUAAUUAAAAACAACACUGUUCCUGCUGUAUAUAGUCAAACUGUUCCUGAUGUCAACAACUGCUUUGAUUGUCAAACAUCACUUUUGUGUCUCAUAAAUGUUCCAGGACACAUCUAAAGAAAAAAAAAAAAAGAGAGAAAGAAAAUGCUACAACUUUGCAAUACGUUUAAAGCAAGCGGCUGCAUUCUGCUUUUUUAACCACUUUCCUGAUGCAGGGAAACUCUCUGUUUUUGCUUUCUGUGGGGGUUUUCAGAAGCUUGUUGCACUGUGUGAAAGACUGAUGAUCAUUUCCAGUUCUGUCCUGCUAACAUUUCUGUUGGUGCACUGAGCGGAGAAACGUGAAAAUAGCCAGUAGCAUAAAGUCUGGACCUGUGAGUCUCUGUGUGUGUGACUGCAUGAUGUGGCUGUGAGUUGUACUGGAUGUAUAUACUGUAUGUGCUUUCUUACAUGUAGGUGUGUGAGUGUGUGUGUGUGUGUGUGUGUGUGUAAAAAUGCACAUGUAAUAUACACACUGAUGGAUUCGCACACCUACGUGAACACAACAAAUCCUCUAUUGUUUGGUACUAAGUACACUACUAUACUAAGGGUUUGUUUCUAACUUAUUUGGAAUAAAAACGAAAAAAAAAAAAGCAAACAGUUCCGCUGAUGUCUUGAUUCUUUGUUGGUUUUCUCUCACCUGUACAUUGUGUUCAUAAGUGUAGAAAUUAAUUCUUUGUAUGUAAUUAUUUGUUCUUGCGUGUGAUCAAUUUACUUUCAUCAUGAUUCAGAGAGGAGGUAAUGCAAAGCGACGCCUUUUUUUUCCUGAGCUGGAAAAAGAACUGCAUAAAUACAAAUUACAUGUUUGCUCAUGUUCUCAGUCACUUUGUUCUGUUCUGUCAUGGACCCGUAUGUUUCACUGAGUCUCGUGUUGGACAUUUCAAAUAUUAAUAUUGAUUAAAAUAAUUUUACAGGCGACAA